UAAAAGUCAGAAAUCAUUAAACAAUCCAUCCGUUAACAUUUAUAUUUUGCUCACGCUAGUUAUGAAUUUGUGAAAGUAUUUCAUAUUGGGAAAAACUGAAGCUCAAGCAUUUAUAGGAAAUAGUCCAUACCCAAACCAGCAGAUCCUUGGAGAUAAACGAAUUUACGAUUACUACUAAGAGACAACUUGGAAAUAUGGUGGCCAAGAAAGACAUUUCUGCUGGGGGUUUUUUUAGUAGAGAAUUUCGCAUGCAGGCGCUAGCAGCAGCAAGUGUAAACAUCAUAACAUAUUGCAAUGGCAUCUCGAUUGGCUGGUUUGCGCCUAUGCUAGCGAAAUUUCAGUCACCCACCGAAACGCCGCUAAAUUUCGUAGUCAACGUAGGGGAGAGUUCAUGGAUGGGCGCACUAAUAGGCGUUGGUGGUCUUACAGGAAACAUAUUCUUCGGUUUGUUAAUGGAUGUCAUAGGUCGUAAGGCUUGUAUUUAUCUAGUUGCAGUACCACACAUGUGUCUUUGGGUCCUGGUCUAUUUCGCACCGAGCGUUGAAUUUCUAUAUGCCGCACGAUUCGCUUCUGGCAUGACUGGCGGUGGCACUUGGUCUGUUAUACCAAUUUUUAUUGGAGAAAUUGCUGAUCCAGCCAUACGCGGUCGCAUUACGGCACUCUUUACGCUGACUCUUAAUGUAGGCAUGAUGACCGGCUAUAUAAUCUCUUCGCACGUUUCUUACCACAUUAUACCAGUGUCCGUGAUACUCUUACCUGUACUCUUUUUACUUAUCGAAACAUUUUUCCCCGAAACACCAAUAUAUCUACUACGUAGUGGCAAAGAAGAACAAGCCAAAAAAUCUUUGAAAUUCUACAUGAAUCACAGAGAUUCGAUGGAGAAAGACACUGAGCAGUUCAAUGCCAAAUUUGAGGAAAUGAAAAGUGCUGUUAAACGACAACAGUCACAAAAGUCGGUGACCUUGAGAGAUUACUUUACGAAACGUUCUUUGCGCGCUUUGGGUAUCGGCUUAACAGUUUUAUUUUUCAACUUAGCAACAGGCAGUUAUGCCUUACUCAGCUACAUGUCAAGCAUUUUUGUAGCGGUUAAAACCGAAAUACAUGCCGACACGAACACGAUCAUUAUUGGUGCCGUACAGAUAAUCGGCUCCUUCAUAGCCAUCAUCUUGGUCGACCGUUUUGGACGCAAGAUUCUACUUAUGAUCUCAACAGCCACCACUGGUCUUAGUUUAGCCGCCUUCGGCGUGUACGCUUAUUUAGUUGAGCGAACAAAUAUUAAUUUAUCCUCGUUUAGCACAUGGUUACCGCUCGUACUCAUGGCUCUUAUUAUACUCACAGCGAAUGUAGGCAUUAUACCCGUGCCCGCUGUGUUAUUGGUAGAGAUUUUGCCACCAAAGAUACGCGCUAAAGCUGUAGCCUUUUGCUUAUGUUUAACGAGCGUUUUUGCUUUCACAAUGUUAAAGGUUUUCCCACUGCUAAUGGAUGCGUUCAGUGUCGCAACAGCAUUUUGGAUUUGUGCCGCAUUCGGUGGUUUGGGCUUCUUCUGUAUAACACUUUUUGUACCGGAAACUAAGGGGAGGUCAAUGAAUACAGACGAAGAAUAAUUAGAAAUAAGUUUGUUUGUUAAUCAACUGAUUCUAAAUAAAGUGUUUUUGUAUUAACUCCCAAA